GAUUUGGAUUUCUGAGUUAACCAUGGUUGUAGGACUAGGAUUGCAGGUUCUUCCAUUCGCACAAUCACUUUCUUUGCAUAUUGCAGUAAUAGCCUAACUUGUGACUGUUUCUUGAUGCUUCCUCUCGUGAUGAGUUCUUUUUGCUGGGACCAACUUGUAACUGUUUCUUGGUUCGCUCCUCUUGGUUUUUAUUACCCAUUUUACCUUUUUGAGGCCUCGAUCUCUGAGCCGGAUAAGUAGUUGAGAGGAUGGUGGAUGAAUUUUAAUUGCUGACAUCCCAAGAUGGGGCAGUUCUUGAUAACACCAGUAGUUUAAUUACUCCGUUUAGUAGCCUCCUUUGCCUUCAAUUGCCCCCACACCACAUGGAGUAAUAGCGAUUCAUUAAUUGGAGGUUUUGAGCUGAGAUUUCUGGUCAAAAUUGCAGCUUUUGUUUCCUGAAUUUUAGUCUGUUCAUCGUGGAGAUGAGUUAGCUCAAGUUCUUGGGAUUUCCUUCUGUUUUUUUUUUCAAGCAGGGCAAUUUUUCUUCGUCGUUGGGAGAUAGGAGUAGCAGGUGGGGGCGGCCAUGGCGGAGGAAUCCCACUGCCCGCUCCGGUGGGAGAGCACCGGCGACCAGUGGUGGUACGCCACGCCCAUCGACUGGGCGGCGGCGAGCGGCCACUACGACGUCGUCCGGGAGCUCAUCCGCCUCGACGCCAACCUCCUCAUCAAGCUCACCUCCCUCCGCCGCAUCCGCCGCCUCGAGUCCGUCUGGGACGACGACAUGCGCUUCGCCGACGCGGCCAGGAACCGCGCCGCCGUCGCCCGCCGGCUUCUCCACGACUGCGACCCCCGUGGCGCGGGCGCCGCUGCCGGCGGCCGCCCCAACCGGCUCAUCCGGGCGGGCUACGGCGGGUGGCUGCUCUACACGGCGGCCGCGGCCGGGGACGCCGCCUUCGUGCGGGAGCUCCUUGGUAGGCAGCCGCUGCUGGUGUUCGGCGAGGGGGAGUACGGCGUCACCGACAUCCUCUACGCCGCAGCCAGGAGCGCGAGCUCCGACGUGUUCCGGCUGCUGCUCAACUCGGUGCUCUCCCCGCCGGAGUGCUCGACCGGCGACGGGCAAGAAGCCGCAGACGGCGGCGGCAGCGCCGCCAUUGCUGGGGGCUUCAUGUUCCGGCGUGAGAUGAUGAACCGCGCAAUGCACGCCGCGGCGAGGGGUGGCAACCUGGAGGUCCUCAGGGAGCUCCUGCAGGGCUGCUCCGACGCCUCGGUGUUCCGGGACGCGCAGGGAUCGACGAUCUUGCACGCCGCGGCCGCCAGGGGGCAACUUGAGGUUGUGAAGGAUCUUGUUGCUUCUUUCGAUAUAGCCAGCUCCGUAGAUGAGCAAGGGAACACGGCAUUGCAUCUAGCAGCCUUUCGAGGUCAUUUGCCAGUGGUCAAGGCCCUCAUUGCUGCAGCCCCAUCACUUGUAUCAGCUACAAAUGAAGUUGGCGACACGUUCCUUCAUAUGGCACUGACAGGUUUUCGGACCCCAGGCUUCCGAAGGCUUGAUCGUCAGAUGGAGCUUAUGAAGCAGUUGGUCAGUGGAGCGAUCAUGGAUUUAAGCAGCAUUAUCAAUAUGCAAAACGACGAUGGUAGGACGGUUCUUCACCUGGCUGUGAUUGGCAAUCUACACUCCAGCCUUGUUGAGCUCUUGAUGACCGCACCGGCAAUCGACCUCAAUGUCCGUGAUGACGAUGGAAUGACUCCCCUGGAUUUACUCAGGAAACAGCCCCCAACAGCAUCAUCGGAAAUACUUAUCAAGCAGCUGGUUCUGGCUGGUGGCAUCUCAAAUUCAAUGGACCAUGAGACCAGAUCAGCAAUUGCUUCUCAACUGAAGAUGCACUGCAUCGUAGGCAGCCCGGGAACAUCCUUCAAGAUCCCAGAUGCUGAGAUCUUCCUCCAUUCAGGUGUCGACGCGUCGGAUAUCAGCGAAAGAACCAACUCGUUCUCCAGUGUUGGACAGAGUGAGCCAGAAUUUCCGGAACCCGGUCGCAAGAAGCUGAAUUCUAUGCAAAGCGCCGCGACACAUCUCAAGAUCCUACUCAGAUGGCCCCUCCUCCGCAAGGAGAAGAAGCCAUCCGGUGCCCCAAAGGAACUGGACGCCGACGACGACGACGACGCCGCUUUCUCCGUCGAUUCAGCCAAGAGCUGGAGCCACGCGGAGACCCCGACAACGCUGAGGCAGAGGUACUCCAGGAUGAGCUCCCUGUUCAACAACAAGCGGGCCUUCGCAGCCAGGAUCGGCUCGCCGAGUCCAUCGAUGAAGAAGAGCUUCUUCGCAGACGGCCUCGCAGACGGCGUCGUGCAGCCCGAAUCGCCCUCCGCCUCGUGCUCCCGGUCGUCCUCGUCCUUGGUUGACAGGAUUGAGGCCGUCCAUCCGGACAAGAACGGCGAGGCAUCUCCUGAUCCCAGCGUGGUGAUCAGGCGUGCGCCCAGGAAGCACGGCUCUCUGAACAGCAGGCUGAUGAACCAAUACUUCUGCAUAGGAGCACAGGGUCUGGCGAUCGAGGAUUCAGCCACUGGGCAGCGAUCGAGUCGGAUGUUCAGAAGCUCGCUCCUGUCAGCUGCCAGCUGACUGCGUCAGCUUGACAUGGUUUGCUUUGCUUCACUUGACUUUCACUGAUUACAAUUUACAAGCUACAGUUGAUCAGUUCUUACCAGGUAGUGCCUGGGAGUGUGCGUGUUACUGAUGCGAGCUGUUCUGAUCUAGAACUGAUAUAAUGUAAUGGGGUUAGUGUAAUUUUUUGUGAGAGCGUGAGUAUAAUUGAAAGCAUGGUUUUCAAGUUCUAUGCUAUUUUUAUUUGUGAGUGUAAUUGUAAUGCUAUUGGUUUUUAACAUAUACCAUGCCUGAUGAGUUACCACA